CGACAUUUAUUGCUCGAUGGUGAAACGGUACUCGUGGCAGCAUUUGAGCCUUUGCUUUUUGUUCAAUUCUUCUGUGUGGAGCAUGGUCGGUUGAAUUGCGGCAUCUUCCUUUCUCAUGUGCUUCAACUUUCAUUAAUAAGUUUAUUCGCUAGCUGCAAUUAAAAUCAAAAUUCAAACUUGAAUUACAUGUAUACCAAAUUCUAAAGAGGAGCUAGUUCUAUUGUUUGCUUCUUUUUUUUUUUUUGGUUUGUCUUCUUUUCAUGAAUCAAAGGAUACUUCAGGGAGAAACUCUUGAAGCAAAAUCGGUACGAAAACAUAGGUAGAGAUGUAUAUGUUAUAACUGCUAGUUCAGCAACAUAUGCAUCAAUAAUGAGAGACAUAAAAUGAUUUCAAGUUCCAAAGAUCAAGCAGAUUCUUCCACAAAACCGGAAGGAAAUGCAAGAGAUGGCAAGAUGAUUAAGGCUUCAUCUAGUACUACUUCAUCUCCAUGGUUAAGGUUGAAGGAUCCAAGAAUUGUGCGUGUUUCGCGAGCUUUUGGAGGUAAAGACAGGCAUAGCAAAGUUUGUACCAUAAGAGGAUUGAGAGAUAGGCGAGUGAGGCUUUCUGUGCCCACUGCUAUUCAGUUGUAUGAUCUUCAAGAUAGACUUGGACUUAAUCAACCAAGCAAAGUUGUUGAUUGGUUGCUCAACCAGGCGAAGCAUGAAAUUGAUGAACUGCCGCCCCUCCCAGUGCAACCAGGGAAUUUGGGUCUAACCUAUCAGCAAGAAGGGUUUAGGAUCAAUAGCAGUGUCAAUCGGGAAGAUGGAGACGAAGGAUUGCCCAGAUCAAAUACAAUCUGGGGUUCUAACGCUCUUUGGAGGGCUAAAUCAAAAGAAACUGCACGGGAAGCAGCAAUAAAUGGGAAAGAAAAUUGGACAAAGGGAACUCAAAAGGAGAAGCAAGGUGCUAAUGAAGGGCAAGCAGCAGAAGUUUCUUCAAUCAACUUCUUACCUAGACCCCACAAUUCUUCCUUAUCAGGCUUGUUGAAUACUGUUGUGCCUUAUGGUUCAUAUUCAAAUUUUCCUUUGUCUCAUCAAUUAGGAAGUCAUCACGGAUUUACAUCCCAAACAGAAGAGCUUCAUAACUUCAAUGCUGUGCCAUUGCCAUCCACAUUGUCUCUAUCAUCCGGCUCUCAGAUUUUGGUAACACCGCAACAACUCUUCCCUUCACAUGUUACAGCUUCUGUUCAGAUUGAUCCGCGACAAAUCAACCAGUUUCAAAUGUUGAGCUCCAGUAGUUCACACAACCUCUCUUCAAAUUCUCUUUCCCCACCUUUACAAUCCAUAAGCCAGUCCAUGAGACCCUUCCAUUUUAGUAUGACUCCUAUGCUUCUUCCUUCUCACAGCAACAGCGGUAGCCAGUCAGAAAAGGACCAAGAGUUUCCUUCUAAAUAAGAAACAUGAAAGCAUUACAGGAAUUGAUGGAAAAGGCAAUAAAUCUCCCUCUUUUAAAGAAACAAGCAUGGUUCAAAAUAUGUGAUUCAGAAGAAAGGCACAGGGAAUGCAAUGAAGAAUAUACAGGCAUGCACUGUCAACUUUUACACUGGUACCAACAAGAUAAGGGAUCAAGAUAUACUAGGGUUAGAGCAUAAAUUGAGAAGACUGCAAACUUGUGGUCCUUGCAUGCAUAGUGAAAUGAAAAACUACAUAAGAGAAGAUAAAGAAGCAAAUUAGAGAUGUAGACUUGGAAGUCUUGUUCUUUAUAUUCCCACAUGCUUUUCAUCUGAGGCCC